AUGAACUUGAAAGUUGCAUUAAUUCUCUUUGGGAUAUUCUGCUUCAGCACCAUACCGAUACAAGUAGGUGCCAGAAAAGCUGCUUGCCACGACCCACUAUUUGGGAACUGCUUUGGCAUCCUUCACAACUGUCCCCCUGGUUGUCCUGGACAAUGUGAGGUUGAUUGCAGGAUCUGCAAGCCUUACUGUGCUUGUGAUAAGCCAGGAGCUGUUUGUCAGGACCCACGUUUCAUUGGAGGGGAUGGCAUCAUGUUUUACUUUCAUGGCGGGAAAGACAAGGAAUUUUGCUUGGUCUCUGAUUUCAACGUUCAUAUCAAUGCUCAUUUUAUUGGCAAGAAGGGUCAAAAGGGAAGAGACUUCACCUGGGUCCAAUCCAUUGGUAUCUUGUUCGGCUCUCAUCGGCUCUAUAUUGGAGCAGAAAGGGUUGCCAAGUGGAGGGAAUCAGUUGAACACAUGCGGAUCAAAUUAGACGGAAAAGAUGUCCCGCUGCUAGUGGGUGAAGGCCAAACAUGGCAGUCAUCAGAAGCUGGAUUAACUAUACAAAGGCAAGCAGAGACCAAUAAGGUGAGGCUCAGAGUCGAAGGGUUGCUUGAAAUAGUGGUGCGCGUGGUUCCCAUCACUUUAGAAGAAUCAAGGGUGCAUGGAUACAAUGUGACGGAGGAUGAUUGUUUUGCGCAUUUGGAGUUGAAUUUCAAGUUUGAUUCUCUGAGCACAAUGGUUAAUGGGGUUUUGGGACAGACAUACAAGCCAAACUACCAAAGCAGAGUAAAAUUGUCAGCUGCCAUGCCGAUCAUGGGAGGGGCACAUAAGUUUGCCACUUCACAUCUCUUUGCCACGGAUUGCGUGGUUUCCAACUUUGGUUUGAAGGAGAAGACGCUUGGGGGCGGAGAACCAUUGAGCUUUGAAUGUGGAGGUGGAUCCGGAGGGAAAGAAUGUUCGAAGUAUUCCAUUGUACUUGCAAUGUCGCAUAGAGCUGCUGCAUAUUUGCUCCUCUUUGUACUUUGCAUAGCAUGUCCCACUACUCAAAGGAUUUCUGCUUCUCAGGAGUCGAUAUCAUUCAAUCCAUCUAAGCCUAACAAAGCGCUCUAA